CGUUGUCGGUACACCAUUCUACAUCAUGGAGUAUACAAGUGGGAGAAUAUUCCAAGACCCCGCACUACCAGAAAUGACCAAACAGCAACGCAAGGAAAUUUACGAAGCCAUGAACGCGGUCCUCUACAAGAUCCAUAGUGUAGAUAUAGAGGAAGCGGGUCUCAGUGAUUAUGGGAAAAAAGGUAACUAUGUACGUAGACAAUUAGAAAGAUGGGGCAAACAGUAUGAAGCAAGCAAGACACGUGACAUCCCUGCCAUGGAUAGGUUGAUCACGUGGUUGGGUGAGAACAUACCUACCAGUGAGAAGACAACUGUUGUUCAUGGGGAUUACAGACUCGAUAACCUGAUAUUCCACGAGACUAAACCAGAAGUGAUAGCUGUUCUAGACUGGGAGUUGUCYACUCUUGGAGACCCUUUAUCUGACCUGGCCUACAACUGUCUGCCACAUCAUCUGCCACCUGAGUUUCCUUCCCUCAGAGGUUUUGGUGACAGAGACCCAGAAUCCCUCGGGAUCCCAACAGAUCUUCAAUACAUGCAGAUGUACUGUAGUAGAGCCGCUAUGCUGCCCGUAACAACCUGGAACUUUUACAUGGCGUUCGCAUUCUUCAGAGUGGCUGCUAUUCUCCAAGGCGUCUAUAAAAGAGCUCUUCAAGGACAAGCGAGCAGUGAAAAUGCCGAGGCUGUUGGGAUGUUGGCUGAGACAAUGGCCGAGAAAGGUUGGUCGUUCGCUGCUAAAGAAAACAACUCAAACCCAAGCGGAAGUGGAGAAACUCCCAGCGGCAAGAGAAUGUACAGCACAAGCGCUAACAAUCAUGCUACAGGGUUGUUAGCUGUAUCUGUCAGUGCUCUUUCGCCUCGAGUUCAAAGCAUUCAUCAACAAGUUAAAGAGUUCGUUGAAGAGAACAUCUUACCCAUAGAAAAAGAGUUGAACACGUACUAUUGUUCAGAGGACAAGUGGACUCCGCAUCCUAAAAUAGACGAGUUAAAGGAAAAGGCUAAACAAGCAGGACUUUGGAAUCUUUUCAUUCCAGUUGAGGCAGAUCCACAAGGAAAAUACGGCGCCGGUCUGACUAACAUGGACUAUGCUUUCCUUUGCGAGCAAAUGGGAAAAUCAGUAUUCGCACCAGAGGUGUUCAAUUGCUCAGCUCCCGAUACUGGGAAUAUGGAAGUAUUGAUACGAUAUGGAACUGACGAACAAAAGAAUGAAUGGCUGAAUCCUCUUCUUGAUGGGAAAAUAAGAUCCUGUUUUSCAAUGACAGAACCGCAGGUGGCUUCUUCAGAUGCUACGAACAUCGAGGCAUCCAUACGACUAGACGGGGAUCAUUACGUUAUUAAUGGCAGAAAGUGGUGGACAUCUGGUGCUCUUCACCCGAUGUGUAAACUGGCAAUCUUCAUGGGCAAAACGGACCCUGGAGCACCCAAACACAAACAACAGGCCAUGAUUCUGGUUCCGAUGGACGCUCCUGGCGUCAAGAUAAUACGUCCUUUGUCCGUCUUCGGCUAUGAAGACCCACCAGCUGGUCAUGGCGAGGUGUUGUUCGAAGAUGUUCGAGUACCUAAAGAAAACAUGCUGUUGGGGCCUGGAAGAGGGUUCGAGAUUGCACAGGGUCGCCUCGGACCAGGACGUAUUCAUCACUGUAUGCGACUAAUAGGACAGUCAGAGCGGGCUCUAGAGCUGAUGUUGGACAGGGUAAAAAACCGGGUUGCUUUUGGUAAACCGCUGGCGACUCAAGGCAAGAUUCUUGCUGAUAUUGCGGCUUCGAGAAUCGAGAUUGAACAAGCGAGGUUACUGACACUCAAGGCAGCUCAUCUUAUGGAUACCGUGGGAAACAAGGAAGCUGCUCACGAGAUAGCCAUGAUUAAAGUCGCUGCACCACAGAUGGCACAGAAUGUUAUUGACAGAGCAAUGCAGUCUUUUGGAGGCGAAGGUUUGUCCUCUGACCAACCAUUGGCUCAAUUCUUCUCCUGGGCCCGCGUUCUUAGACUAGCGGAUGGUCCUGAUGAGGUUCAUGCGCGCGCAGUAGCAAAAAUGGAGCUCCGAAAGACAAACUCACUCUAGAUGGGAUAUAUAUUUUUUCAAACUAUUUUUCGAUGGCUGGAAUCAAUUCAAAUCAAUGAAACAAGAAGAAUCAUUUCAUAUAUAAUUUUCCUAGAGUUAUAAUUGUUUCUAUUGAGCAUAUAAAUGGCGUAUUUCAAAAACUAUUUAGCGAUUAGUCCUCGAGCUCGAAUGGGGCUAUUGAUUCAUAGGCCGCCAUGAAGACAAGAGGACUAGUUGUUUUAGUCAAAUUCAACUAGUUGGUCAAAUAUAUAGAUGCAAACAAGUUCUAAAUUAAAGUUAAAUUCAAUAUUUUGGUUUUCAAAGCCAGCACUUUUUGCUACUAGCAGGCUAUAACUUUAGAACUCAGCGUCCAUGUUAGACCACUAGUUGGAUUUGACUAAACCUAAAUAGACCUGAAUAUAUAUAUAUAUGGCAAACUAGAUUUGAUGUAUUUGAUUUAGAAGGCAUAAAGUGCCUGCGUUUUUCCUUUUAUUUCAAUAGCCAUAAAGUAUGAAAAACAUGGCAAUCCCCUUUUUUCAUCUUCUUUUUUCGUCGUCUUGUGCUUAUUGAUAGAAACUACUGGAAGUUUACGUGUUAUAGUUGAGCCAUAUAUAAGAUCUUGAAAAUAAAAAUUAGCUA